CACCGCCGCCGUCCGCCCCGCGCCCCUCAGCUCGUCGGGACAAACCUCCAACGCCGCCCACCUCCUCCUUCCCAACCUCCAAGCCCUGGUCCUCUUCCGCCCCGCCAAUCCUCCGCGGUUCAGAAUCAGUUAGGCUGGACGGCGGGAGAAGUUGCCGGCGAGACGACAGCGCGCAGUCACGCACGGAAUUAUCCUCCGAAUUGAAAGUUUAGACCUUUCCCCGCCUCCGAUCAAGCUCACCGGCCAAGCCGCCAUGGACGCCGGGCAGCUCUUCUCCGUCGACCCGCUCGAGCGCCAGGCCGCGAGGGGCCAUGGCGCCGUCACCUCCAUGGCGGCCGGCAGCGACGUCAUCGUCCUCGGCACUUCCCGGGGCUGGCUCGUCCGCCACGAUUUCUCCUUCGAGGACGCCCAGGAUCUCGACCUCGGGCUCGGCCGCUCCGGCGAGCACUCGGUGCACCGGGUGUUCCUGGACCCAGGGGGCAAGCACUGCGUCGUCACGGUGAUCCACCCAGGAGGCGCCGAAACCUACUACCACCACGCCAGGUGGCCGCGCCCCAAGCCACUGCCCCGCCUCCGCGGCCUCCUCGUCAAUGCUGUCGCCUGGAAUCGCCAAUCCAUCACAGAAGCCUCAACCAAGGAGAUAAUCCUGGGGACCGAAACUGGGCAGCUCUUUGAGAUGGCCGUGGAUGAGGCCGACAAGAAGGAGAAGUAUGUCAAGCUGCUUUUCGAGCUCACCGAGCUGCACGAGGGCAUCAAAGACCUGCAGAUGGAGACAACUGUGGUUGGGAAUGCCACAAGGUACUAUGUGAUGGCUGUCACGCCCACACGGCUUUACUCAUUCACCGGCAUUGGUUCGCUAGAAACUGUUUUUGCUAGCUAUGCCGACCGUGCCAUUCACUUCAUGGAGCUACCAGGAGAAAUUCCUAAUAGUGAACUACAUUUCUUCAUCAAGCAAAGAAGGGCUAAACAUUUUGGAUGGCUUUCUGGAGCUGGAAUUUAUUACGGCGAACUGAAUUUUGGAGCUCAACACAGUUCUACUAGCGGAGAUGAGAAUUUUGUGGAAAACAAGGGUUUCUUUGACUAUUCAAAACUCGGAGAUUCCAGCAUGAAACCAGCGUCAUUUGCAUUGUCUGAGUUCCAUUUUCUGCUCUUGAUUGGAGACAAAAUUAAGGUUGUGAACAGAAUCAGUCAGAAAAUUGUGGAGGAGAUUGUAGUUGAUAAUACAGCUGAAUCUUCAAAAGGAAUCAUUGGGCUCUGUAGUGAUGCAUCAACUGGAGUUUUCUAUGCAUUUGAUGACAGUUCUAUAUUCCAGGUUUCUACGUCUGAUGAGGGUCGUGAUAUGUGGCAAGUAUACUUGGAUAUGAAGACAUACGCUGUUGCGCUGUCCCAUUGCCGUAAUGCUUUUCAGAGGGACCAAGUUUAUCUGGUGCAGGCUGAUGCUGCAUUUGCUGCAAAAGAAUAUUACAUAGCAGCUUCGUUCUAUGCUAAGAUGAAUUAUAUCCUAUCAUUUGAGGAGAUCAGUUUAAAAUUUAUAUCUGUCGGUGAGCAGGAUGCUCUCAGGACUUUCUUACUGCGAAGGCUCGAUAACCUCACAAAAAAUGAUAAGAUGCAGAUAACGAUGAUCUCGACUUGGGCUACUGAGCUGUACUUAGACAAGAUUAAUCGUCUCCUGUUGGAAGAUGACACAGGCACCACUACAAAUACAGUAACAGAUUCCCACAGCUCAGCAUAUCGUUCAGUAGUAAAUGAAUUCCGUGCGUUUCUCAGUGAUAGCAAAGACGUAUUAGAUGAAGCAACAACUAUGAUACUAUUGGAAAGUUACGGCAGAGUGGAUGAACUGGUAUAUUUUGCUGGUUUGAAGGAGCAGUAUGAAAUUGUGGUUCAUCAUUACAUUCAGCAAGGAGAAGCAAGGAAAGCCUUGGAAGUGCUUCAACGACCUAAUGUUACAGUAGACCUUGUGUAUAAAUUCGCCCCAGAUUUGAUCAUGUUAGAUGCCUAUGAGACAGUCGAAUCAUGGAUGAUUGCAAGAAGCAAGUUGAAUCCAGGGAAGCUUAUACCUGCAAUGAUGCGUUAUGUGAGCGAACCACAUGCCAAGAAUGAAACACAUGAAGUCAUUAAAUACUUGGAAUUUUGUGUCAAAGAUUUGAACAAUGAGGAUCCUGGAGUGCACAAUUUGUUGCUCUCAUUGUAUUCCAAGAAGGAGGAUGAAUCCCAGCUUUUGCAAUUUCUCGACACUAAGUUCGGUAGUGGACAAGCAAAUGGCCCCGAGUUCUUUUAUGAACCCCAGUAUGCUCUGCGUCUAUGUCUCCAAGAGAAGAGAAUGCGUGCUUGUGUUCGUAUUUACAGCAUGAUGUCCAUGCACGAGGAAGCUGUGGCACUUGCUUUGAGGGUGGACUUAGAGCUUGCAAAGGCAGAAGCAGACAAAGUUGAAGAUGAUGAAGAGCUUAGGAAAAAGCUGUGGCUUAAGGUUGCAAAGCAUGUCAUCGAGCAAGAGAAAGGAGUCAAGAGAGAGAACAUAAAGAAAGCUAUAGAGUUCCUAUCAGAGACUAACAACUUGCUGAAGAUUGAGGAUAUCUUGCCAUUUUUCCCAGACUUUGUAUUGAUUGACGACUUUAAAGAGGAGAUCUGCAAAUCUCUCAAGGACUAUAACAGCCAGAUUGAGCAACUGAAGCAGGAGAUGGAUGAUGCUACGCGUGGAGCAGACAACAUAAGGAGUGAUAUCGGUGCCCUUGCUCAGAGAUAUACUGUGAUUGAUCGUGAGGAGGAAUGUGGGGUAUGCCGGCGCAAAAUAUUGACUGUGGGAGGAUUGCACCAGGUAGGAAGAAGUUAUACAUCUGUUGGACACAUGGCCCCUUUCUAUGUGUUUCCCUGUGGACACGCCUUCCAUGCGAAUUGUUUGAUUGGCCAUGUAACUCGCUGCACUAGCCAAGUUCAAGCUGAGAGGAUACUGAACCUUCAGAAGCAGCUUAGCUUAAUGGACGGGAAAGCAGCCAAAGACAAUGGCGGGAUUGGAAACGGUGAACCUAUUAUGAGUACAACACCAGUUGAUAAGCUGAGGUCGCAGUUGGACGAUGCUGUAGCAAGCGAGUGCCCCUUCUGCGGCGAUCUGAUGAUCAAGGAGAUCUCGAUGCCUUUCAUUCUCCCUGAAGAGUCGGCCGAAAAGGCUUCAUGGGAAAUCAAACCUCAACCGGCGGCUCAGAAGAUUCUUCCGAUGACCAUGUCUAUAUGAUACCAUGGACGUCUGUACCUGGUGUUGACGACCUAGUCCUAGAUUUUUUGGUGGAUUUGGUUGUGACAGUUGUGCAGCCUGUGUACUUAUUCAGUGUUCCUCACCAGAGGUGUUUUUCUCCUUACAGCUUUUGUUCAUAAAAACUUGAGUUACUGGGCCCUUGUACAGUGCAGGACCUCAUUCUGUAAUUCUACCAGCUAGUUUCUGCGAAGAUGUAUUUCCCCGCAGUUGUGCUAAUAAAGCACGACGGUUGUAUUGUAUAGUUGUACAAGAAAUAUUUUGAUUCAGUUGUGAAAACUGGCAAAUCAUCUGUA